CACUUUAUUCAUUUAGUUAUUCCAGUAUAGUGUGGAUUUUUCCUUUAGCGUAUUUGGAAUUGUAUGCUGGCUUCUUGCUACGUUUCCAAGAAGUAUCAAUUUCUACAGUAUUUUCUUGGUUCGGAAUUUCUCUUUAAAUCGCGCAAUAUUUGGAGGCGUUCCCAAUCUACGUACCUGACUUUGGAACGAAGCUGGGUGAUUUUGGAGGGAAUGGCUUCCGAGUUGUGCAUGCUUGGGCUACGAGGCUAAACUGUAGUAAGAUCCCUCUUUCAUGUUUUGCUGAUCGAUCAAUCUGAAAGGGAACUAAAAGGGGACGGCAAAACUGCAACAUUAUUUUUCUAUAUUUCUUGUUUCCUUCUAAGUUCCCUUUUAGGCUUACAGUUGCCUCAAGAAAAAAAAAGUAGCAUUUUUGCUCAGGCUUGCAGGCUAGUCCAUCCUAAUGGUACCUAAAACGGAUAGAUCUUCAACGGCGUUAAAAAAAAGAGAGGCGGGAGCCAUUUCUUAGCACACAGCUUCUAAGACAGUUUCAAAGCUCGGGCUUGCGUCCUCUCACCCCCCGCCCCCCGGACGGUUCAACUGAGAAUGAAACAAGGUAUCCAUCACGUCUGCGCAGUGGACGCCUCCGAAGACUUGGUACAAGAGUCCAAAGUUUUUUGGAGUGCUGAUGUCAGCCCUCCCGUAGCUUUCCGAGUUGGCUUCAGCGGUGGCCAAUGUCAGCUGCCGGCAUGUUGGGGGCUAAGAUGGGAAGAAGCAGCCGCUUCAUAUAUCAUCGGUGGAAAAGCCUAUGUUCGCCGCUCAGUAGCGGUGUCGGCUCCUUUCUCGGUCCCCUGGCCUUCCCUCAACUCUUGCGACUUCCCUCCUGUUCUGGCAGUUACCGGGGCCUGCAGCAGGGAAACUGCCCCUAUCCAGAUGCUGAUACAGUGAAGCCACUUGAUGGUGUGAGAAUUCUUGAUCUAACAAGAGUACUUGCAGGACCUUUUGCCACUAUGAACCUCGGGGAUCUUGGAGCUGAAGUAAUCAAAGUGGAAAAACCAGGAUCGGGGGAUGACACUCGAUCCUGGGGACCACCAUUUGUUGGAACGGAAAGUGUUUAUUUUCUCAGUGUAAAUAGAAAUAAAAAGAGUAUAGCUGUUAAUAUGAAGAAGGCCAAGGGAGCAAAGAUAAUUAAAGAGCUAGCAGCUGUCUGUGAUGUCCUUGUGGAAAACUAUGUCCCUGGAAAACUGACUGGAAUGGGUCUGGGUUAUGAUGAGAUCAACAAAGUUGCUCCUCAUAUUAUUUAUUGCUCAAUAACAGGCUAUGGUCAGACUGGUCCAAAAUUUCAACAAGCAGGUUAUGACUCAGUUGCAGCUGCAGUUUCCGGACUCUUGCAUAUCACAGGGCCUGAGGGUGGUGAGCCAGUUAGGCCAGGAGUAGCUAUGACUGACCUUGCUACAGGAUUGUAUGCAUAUGGAGCAAUUAUGGCUGCACUUCUUCAACGACAUAAAACAGGGAAAGGAAUGCACUUGGAUUGCAAUCUGCUUUCAUCUCAGGUUGCCUGCCUUACUUAUAUAGCAAGCAAUUUUCUAAACUGCAGAACAGAAGCCAUACGAUGGGGCACUGCACAUGCAAGUAUUGUACCCUAUCAGGCUUUCAGAACAAAAGAUGGAUAUAUCGUAGUAGGAGCAGGAAAUAAUCAACAAUUUGCUACUGUUUGCAAGCUUCUCAGUUUGCCUGAAAUCAUUCAUGACCCCAAGUACAAAAAUAACCAGCAGCGAGUGGUAAAUAGGAAAGAACUUAUUGGAAUAUUGUCAGCCAGGUUCUUACAAGAAGAAACCUCCAAAUGGCUAGACCAUUUUGAGGGCAGUGGAGUUCCAUACGGUCCAAUCAACAGCAUGAAGCAGGUGUUUUCAGAUCCUCAGGUUCUGCAUAAUAAACUUAUGAUGGAGAUGGAGCAUCCAACAGUAGGGAAGAUUACCGUUCCAGGACCAGCUGUAAGGUAUAACCAGUUUGAAGUGUCAGAUCCUAAACCACCACCUCUGGUUGGACAGCAUACACUGGAUGUAUUGAAGAGUAAAUUAGGGUAUAAGGAUGAUGUUAUACAGGAUCUGUUAGAUGCUGGGGUAAUAGCUCAGCAUGAAUUCAAGUGAAUUGAUUUGAUUUUGAUGGCUGAUAUGGGUGAAGGUUUCAUGGAUCACAUUGGAUAUCUUCACUUUGCACAGUGUAUUAAUUGAAGUAUGAUUAAAUUCUUUUUAUAAUCAUAUGAAAUGUAUAUGUCACAAAAGCAUCAACUUUCAUACUUUUUAAGAAAUCUGCUUUACUAUCAGGAAAUAAAUAUUUUUGUAAAGUUCAGAUACUAUCGCAAUAUGGCUCUUAUCACUCCCCAGAGGUUUUAAUUGUAGGUAAUCUCAUGUUUAUUGUAAUUGUAAUAAUGCCAGAUGAUUUUCAAAAUACAUUUAAAGAAAUUAACACUUGAAUGUUAUAGCUGAAGAAGAGUUUCUUUUGAAAAUAUUUUAACAUAAAAAUCAUAAUAUUGAGCAAAUAGGUAAUUUCAUUAUUCAUCUUAAAUAGGAACCUUAUAAAUUUGCAAAUUUCUUACAUGAGCCCCAGUGAAAGAGGCUUUUGCAAAGUUAAAUUGUAUUUAAAUUCAGAUUACUAGAUUUGCUCUUGUAAGUAUUUGGUUUCCAUCACAUUACUAUCAAAUGGCAGCUGCAUUGCACUUAAAAAUUAAAAUGCUAAGUAUCUUUAUGUUUGCAAGUACAUAUUUAAUCAGCUAUGUAUUAAACAGUGAAUGAAUAAUGCUAGUGAUUUUAUUCUGAAGAGUUCUUAUAUUUUGCUAAAUAUAAAUGUGAGUUUCCAAAAUAUUGCAGCAGCAUUUUCCCAAAAACAUGAUUUGUCUGCAGGCAUUGAGAUUUACUUGAUUUGAGAUACUUUUUGAGUUCUGUUAACAAAUAAAUGAAAAUUAAAAGCUAACUUUUGUUACAAUUAUGAUUUUCCAGUUACAAGAAUAAAAAUAAUGGGAA